AUGAUCACCGCCCCGGUCCACAAUCUCAACGGCGUCAAAGUUGAAGAUGUGACCCAUUUGGGCAACAUGGUUUGCGACCUCCGACUUCUGGUCCAACCUUCGCACGGCCAACUUAUGCUCGUGCAUUCGCGUUUGCAGCCGUCGGCCGGUUGCCCCAACGUAGUUGCACCUUCUGCAGCUGCACUGAAGUCGGUAGACAACGGCCGAAAUCUCCUGCUUGAGUCCAUCAUGUGGGGCUAUGUAACCACAUCUUGCCGUGUGUGUUUGUGGGGAGUGGCCGACUUACAGAAAGAGAGUCAGGCUGCAAUGUUGCCCUCUAAGACGCUCCCGCUUAAUGGGAUAGGUGCGGAUUGCCGGCGUGCCAGUCAUUUGCGCUAUCUGCCUCCCGCGAUCCUCUUGAUUCUGUCACGACACCAGGUCUGGGUGGGAGUGGAGGACUAG